AUGGAUGCACCGAUCACUUUCGAGGCAGAUGAUGUGGAGGAAGACAUGGAGGAUCACAAUGAUCCUUUGAUCCUCACACUUCCCAUAGCAGGGUGCAACAUCAAGAAGAUCCUCAUUGACGGAGGAAGUUCAGUCAACGUCUUGUUCUAUGAUACGUUCAAACGAAUGGAGCUAAACGACGAGCAGCUGAUAUCUUCGUACCACACCAUUUAUGUAUUCAACGGGGCUCCUACGAAACCAUUGGGGGACAUUGUUCUACAAAUAAAUGCAGGACCGAUGAAGAUAGACACCCGCUUCAGCGUGGUAGACGCUCCUUCCCCCUACAAUGCUAUCAUCGGACGAAGAUGGGUACACAAGCUCAAGGGGAUAGCAUCAACUUAUCACCAGUGUCUUCGAUUCCCAUCACCCGAAGGGAUAAUGGAGAUCAAGGGUGACCAGGUCACUGCUCGGGAAUGCCAAGCUAUGCAAAACCAGCUCAAUAACGAGCUAGAUGAGCAACGGAAAUCCGGCAGAAGCCGGAACAAGUAA